AUGGUGAAGCUCGUCGCUAUGGGAAAUGGCAGAGUAGUUGUGGUCGCGGCUAUCUGGGUUCGUCUCUUCCUCCUGGCUUGUAUGACACAACUGAGCAUGUCAUCAUCAAGAACAAUGUAUCAGUGGCUGCAGCAGCAGAAGCAACAACAACGAUGCUCCAACAUCUCCGACUGCAAAUAUUUCGUGUAUUCAUCUGAUGCGCAGGGGAGCAGCAGCAGCAGCUGCUGCCGUUACGGACAAUGUAUCGGUGGUCGCUGCGGAUGCAGUAGUAGUAAUACUGCUACUGCUAGUGGUGCUGCUAUCCAUAGCCAGAGGAUGUUUGGUGCUGCAACUCUGACAUCCGAUGACACGAACUAUGAGGGUUGUAACAAAGGCGGGCACUGCGGAGAAGACGCAGAUUGCGCAAAACAAUGCCCCAAAGGAUAUCGUAGGCGUGUCACCUGUAGCUGUGGACAGUGCUGGUGUGGCUAUUGA